AUGUGUACGGAUGGCAGUUGCCAGGACUGCCCAUGGUUCACGACUGAUUCCGCAACUGGUUAUCCCGCUUGCCAAGUCUACGACACCAAGCAAUUCCGCGGUGCCUUCCCUGAUGCCGAAGGCGGUGGCAUGGAAGUCUAUUUCGAUAUCCAGCAGCCUGAUCCUGACUGUGCUAUGAUCAUUCGUUCGCCAGCAGGCACCUCAAUGCCUGAAUGCGGCCAGAAUGUCAUCACGGCCUACAACGCUGCCUGUGCCUUUGCUACGUUGUCCAACACCUUCAUGCUGCAAUGGUGUUACGGAGAUGGUGAUUGUGGAGCUGCUGGUGCUGGAGCCAAGUUCAUCAGGUCCAUGGAUCUCAAGAAUGGCGACGUCCUCUCUGUUAAUAAGCGUGGUAUCAGCGGCAUACAACUUAUGAACAAUGGCACUGUUGUUGAGCCACUCGAGAGAGCAGGGGGCGCCACAAUCCCCCCUACCAAACGCGCCAAGCGCAACUGCGUCUUCACUCAGGAAGGAGCGACCUACACCAUUCCUGGAGACACGCGAAUCAUCGAGGGCCCCUUCACUGGCCCCGUCGAGCCAGAGAUCUCCACCUCGCAGACAGUCAGCUGGACAACUACAUUCAGCGCAGGCAUCUCAAGCGAUAUCUUCAGCGUCGGUGCCGAAUUCUCGACCGAGGAAUCAGUGACUUCCUCUUUGAGCAUUACCUACAAGGUUCCUGCCGGCCAGAAUGGAAAUAUCGUAUGGACUCCUAUUAUGAGAUGCCGCGAUGGUGUCACUACAGACUGCAAGAACAACGAGGACAAUGGGCAAGGUACGAUCUGCUGGCCAGAUCUUAAUGAAGAAGGUGAUGCACGAGGUAGUUGGGCUUUUCAGCAGCGUUUCUAG